GCUUCAGAUGCCCGCAGGGCUCAGGGACCGUACGUGGUCCCGACCAGUACCAGAUGGGGCGUAGGCGGCCGGGAGGAAGAGUGUCCGGGGAAGGUCUGGGGGCGGUGCUCAGCCAGGGGCGGAGGAGGCGGGCUCAGCGGGUAGGGUAGGGACGGCGCUUCGGGAGGAGACGGAGGCGGAGCCCCGGGGCGGGGCGCGGGCGGACCGGGAGGCGGCGCUCGGACCAGGACGCGCGGGCUGGGUAUGGCGUCGAUGGCGGCGGCGAUCGCGGCCUCGCGCUCGGCCGUCAUGAGCGGGAACCGGCCGCUUGACGACCGGGAGCGGAAGCGCUUCACCUACUUCUCUUCGCUGAGCCCCAUGGCCAGGAAGAUCAUGCAGGACAAGGAGAAGAUCCGGGAGAAGUACGGGCCCGAGUGGGCGCGGCUGCCGCCCGCGCAGCAGGACGAAAUCAUCGACCGCUGCCUGGUGGGGUCGCGCGUCCCGGCCGCCGCCGACGCGGGGGACGUGCGGGACCCGGCGCGCUUCCCCGGCCUGCGCGGGCCCACGGGGCAGAAGCUGGUGCGCUUCGGCGACGAGGACAUAACUUGGCAAGAUGAACACUCGGCCCCAUUCUCCUGGGAGACAAGGAGUCAGAUGGAAUUCAGCAUCUCCUCCUUAUCCAUCCAGGAGCCCAGCACUGCCACUGUGACCAGUGAUGCCAGGCCUCUGGCCAAGGCCCCUCAGGGCACACAGGGUUCCAAACCUGCCCAGAGCAGCAGAUCCUCUAGCCUGGAUGCCCUGGGACCAUCUCGAAAAGAGGAGGAAGCAUCCUUCUGGAAGAUCAAUGCAGAGCGCUCCCGGGAGGGGCCUGAGGCUGACUUCCAGUCCCUGACACCCAGCCAAAUCAAGUCCAUGGAGAAGGGGGACAAGGUUCUGCCAGCUUGCUACCGCCAGGAGCCCGCCACGAAAGACAGGGAGGCCAAGCCUGUGCCACAGGAACAGCAAACCCUCCCCAGUGUGAGCGCAGAGCAAGAGGUGCCCCAGCCGGUGCAAGCCCCUGCCAGUUUGCUGCCCAAGGCUACCCUCACUGAGUCCCCAGAGAAGCCACCGCCUCCUGCCGCCCAGCUGGACGAAGAUGAUGAUGCUUUGUUCUCAGAGCCUGCACUUUCGCAGAUCAGUUCCAGUAGCGUCCUCUUGAAGACAGGCUUUGAUUUUCUGGACAACUGGUAAAAUGGUGCUACCCAGAAACACAAGCAGGAGCCCCCAGCGUGGCCCAGCGUGGUGUUCAGAGGAGACUGCAGCACUGCCUGCGUAUUUUCCUGUUUUCUCUACUCUUUUCUUAGUCUUUUGGAAAAACUAGGAAAUGUUGCCAGUUUUCCCUGUUUUUGGUAAAACCGAAUAGAGAAAUACGCUAUUUUCAAUGAUUUGAUAACAAGUUUUACACUUGGGAUUUUUAAACACUAGGAAUCCAGUAAGCCUUGUAAAUAGAACUUCUGUUCCCAGCUCCAUCCCACCUUCCCUCCAAGGUUCUCUGACCAAGUCACAAAAGGUCGCAAAAGCGACCCUUUCUCCUCUCUUCCAGUUGAGGGCUCCCUUGGAUGGAUACGGGCUGUUAGCUGUCACUGUGGAAGAGUCAUCCUCAAAAAAUGUGCUUACCUGGUACUCUUCCUUCACAGAGGUCAGAUUUGGCGUUACACGUCCUUCCCCUCCCAAACUCAUAGGAAAUAGACAGUGGGCGGGUGGCAGGCACCCUCUGAGCUGUCCUGGUGACUUACUCAGAGCUCUGAUUGCUGUUUAAAAGCAGCUGCCCAUUAUAUCCAAUUCCCGUUGUUGUAUAUAGAGCUGCAGCAGGUUCCUUGGCUUGGUAGGAGUUUCCUUUGGGAAGCUGUUAUGACCGUCCCGCUAGUGUCCCAGUCCUGACCACUGUAGGAGUCAAGGUGGUGACAGCUGUGCUGGACAUCAGGGCUCUUCUGAUUCACUGCGGUAGAACCUCCCAGGCUUGAGCACCCUUUACCCCAGUCUGGUUGGGCUGUUAUACACAGGACACUUCCCCCAGACCUGAUCACAUUUCAAGUUUGAAAGGCUUUCCUGAUGAUUUCAGAAGCUUCCCCUUGCAGCCCCAAGAGCUCACAGCAGCAAAGCUGGAUGAGGAGCGUGUGCCUCCCUCAGAAUUUGAUGCCCUCUGUCCUCUACGCCCUGCCAUGGCCCCUGGACUCCAUGCACCUGCAGGAUGCCAAGCAGAUCUGUGAGCUCAGGGUGGCAUGGUCUAUCCUUUGCUAUCAUCACUCUGUUCUCCUCACCUGAAGCCUUAAUCUCCACGAGCCCUCCUCCAAGCGCCUGGUUUCAGUACUGAAAGGUGUAGCCUCCUUAAUGUCUGAAGUAGCUUCUGGAAUAUUCUAUAUAGCUCCAACGUUAAAGCACACGGCAACGCCCCGGCCAUUCUCCCCUCCCCUAGGAAGACAUGCCAAAGCUGUACUUAGCCAAUAUUGAUGUGAUACCUGCCAAUUAGCUUGUAUCCUGAACAUCCCUCCAUCCCCCAUGCACGGGUCGGCCUUCCUCUAGCAACUUCUGAGGAGUCAUCUUUCUGCACUGUUUGUAGGGGGUUGGUAGAGAGGAAGAUUUGAGGCCUGUGCAACAAUGUUUUCCUUUCCCAUGGGUCUAUGCUCCAUGGCAUCGGUAUAACAGGAGACUCGGCUGUGUGUAGGCAGCCUCUGUGACUGGCCCCAUGGGUGACUCUCACAGUGGUGCUUCUCAAGGAGUCCUCUGAAGAGCAGGUGGGAAGUCACAGAUGGGGAGUCCAGGAGGGAUCCUAAAGUACCCUCCUGACCUGGGAAUUGUCCUUGUACCUGGACAGAGUCCACACCACGCUGGCUUCUUGGUGUCCCCCUGGGAAUAUGGGGCAGUGACCAGGAAAUUAGAAGUGUAUUUACCAUUUUCCCUUCCUCCAUACAUCAUGAUGAAGUACAUUCGCUAUUCUUCUCUGAAGCACAUUCUUUGGCCAAAGCCAGUGUUUGGGCUCAGCACCUGGGAAGCAGCUCCAGGGCUUUGUGUUCUGCUCUUGGUGGCUGUGUCCAACAGAAGUUCUCAGGAACCCAGGCUCUGCGCGUCUGGUUUUUUCCUGAAUCCCAGCCCUCUGGGUUGGAUCCGAUCCUAUCAGGAGCAGCAGAGUCUGCCCCUGGCCAGGUGCACCCUUCCUUGCACCAGUGUGGGAAUGGCCUUCCAUUCUUCACUCCGCCCUCUUCCUUUGAUACAUACUUUCUAAAUGGUAAAUUCUUACUGACAGCUUGUAAUUUGGUCCUAUUUUAUACUCUAGCCUUUAAUAAAGCCAUUUUAAAAAUGA